AUGCCCGUCGAUAGAACACCGCCACCACAACAAUCUUUGCCUGUGCGCAUAGUACAACGUCAGCGCAGUGAUUCCGAACCAAACCUAAGCGAUAAACAAAUAGAUUUGGAGGCGCUUAACGUAACGACUCGGUGUAAACGCAAGAGAUCUAGUGAUGAUUGUGGGAAUUCUAUAUUCGAAUUUAUGAAUGAUAUGAAACAAAUGUUUCUAGAAUUUAAGACUCAACAGGAGCAAAAAAUUGAGAAAAUUUAUACCUUUAUCGCGGAAAUCAAACAACAGAACUCUGAGAUUUGUUAUUCUGCAGACUUCCUUUCUAAAUCGUAUGAUUCCCUACUGGAAAAAAUUGAAAAAUUGGAGUCAGACCGCCAAACUAAUCACGACUACAUCCGGACUUUAGAAGAUAAGUUGGAAAGGGCUGAGUGUUAUACUAGGGCUACAUGUUUAGAAGUUCGGAAUAUUCCUGUACCGAAUAAAGAGUCUAAGCCUCAAUUAUUAAAUACAAUCACUAACCUUGACUGCUACCAUUGCAUCCAUCGACAAGAGAAUCACAAUGCACUCAUACAACUGAAAGAAGACACAAACAACAGUGAUGAUGAAGCUGGUAAAACAAUAUUGACUAUGACAAGGGCGAGCGAAAUCAUUGUAUUGGUGUCAGGAGGGAUUUGCUUCAUCUCUUCAGUUCUUAUGUCCUUAAGACUAUAUAAAGGUGGUGCUGUGAAACCAGUAAUCCCUUGUGUUGCCCUGUUUUCAGUUUCUCUAGUGUCUUCUAUAAAUAUGAUAGUGGAGAUAUCAAAGUAA